AUGGAAUUUGUAGGUUCUGCAUUAAGUGAAUUAGGCACAACUGAUCAACAAAAACCAGGCUGCAGAGGAGGCAGGAUGUGGGGUCGAAGGAGACACCAAGAAGACGAUUCAUCAUUCAAAUCGAAAAACCUCCACGCCGAGAGGAGGAGAAGGCAGAAGCUCGGUGAUAGGCUACUAAUACUGCGUUCAUUAGUCCCAAUAAUUACAAAUAUGACUAAAGAAACCAUUAUUGAGGAUUCCAUCACUUACAUUAAGGAGCUGCAGAUGAAUGUGAAUAUCUUGCAGGAGCAGCUAUUCAAGAUGGAAGCAUCAGCGCAAGAGGCGCUAGAGCUGAGGAAAGAUGAAGUUGAUGCUGCAGAAGAGAUGAAGAAAUUUGGGAUUCAGAUAGGGGUUGAUGUGGCUCAGAUUGAUGGGAAUAAACUUUGGGUAAAGGCGAUUAUUGAGAAGAAAAGAGGUGGCUUCACUAAACUGGUGGAGGCCAUGACGUACUUUGGCUUUGAACUCACUGAUACCAAUAUCAUAACCUCCAAUGGAGCAAUGGUUGUUUCAUCCAUUCUAACAGGAUUUCACUGUGAUACGCUUCAGGUCGAGCAAACCAGGGAACUUAUUCUAGAGAUCGUUAACGGCAUAUAA